AUGAAGGUUUUAACGAUUGUCUUACUUGCAACGGUCUUGCUUGCGGUUUUUGUGUCAACAAGUGAAGCAAAGCCUCCUCGUCAUCCGCCAAAGAGACAUUCCUCGGAAGACUCUGAUGAUUCGGAUGACUCGGAUAGCAGUCCAUCUAAUAGUUCUGAGGAACGUCCUCGUCCUCCAAGACCCUGCCCUCCGCAUUGUCGUCAUCCUCAUGGACCUCCAAAGCCUCAUGGACCUCCAAAUCCUCUUGGACAUGGACCUCAUAGACCUCACUGCCCUCCGCAUUGCCGUCCUCAACCUCCUCAUCCAACCCCGCCAACAAGACCUCCUCCACCACCAACGACAGCUGAGCCAGAACCUACAACGGAGCCCGAGCCUGAAGAGACAACAACUGAAGAGAACGUCAAUACAACUGAAUAA